AUGGACCCUGUUGCUAGUCACAGCUGCCACCUCCUUCAGCAGCUCCAUGAACAGCGAAUUCAAGGCCUUCUUUGUGACUGUAUGCUGGUGGUAAAAGGAGUCUGUUUUAAGGCACAUAAAAAUGUUCUAGCUUCUUUCAGUCAAUAUUUUAGGACAUUAUUUCAGAAUUCUUCGGGCCAGAAGAAUGAUGUUUUUCAUUUGGAUAUUAAAAAUGUAGGAGGCAUAGGGCAGAUACUGGACUUCAUGUACACUUCUCACCUAGAGCUUAACCAAGACAAUAUACAGACUAUGUUGGACAUAGCACAGUGUUUACAAGUACAGAACGUGCUGAAUAUGUGUCAUGCAUUUUUAAAAUCUACUACAAUGGAGCAGUCAACCAGCUUACCUUGUAACAGUGCAUUCUCCCUGCCCAGUACUCUGGCUACUGAUGCUAAUGGUGUUAUGAGUGAAAACUACCCUCCUCAUCUGCUGCAGACAUGUUCACCAGGUGCACAACCUCAUAAGGUUUUGGAUGGCCAGCCUUCCCAUGGACCACAAGCAAUCCAUCUUCAUAAUUCCUCAGGUGAAGGACCAAAACAGACAACUAUAGAUGGCAACUGUACUGAGCUUCCAUUUAAGCAGUCAAAUUACUAUUACAAACUAAGAAACUUUUACAGUAAACAGUUCUAUAAACAAACUUGUUCCAGUCAUGAACGAGCAAUUGAACAGCCCUUUGCUUUCAAUGCAUCUACAGAUCUGAACUCAGUAGAAAACCAUACCUGUACUGUCAGUCCGUCUGAAUGUAUCUUGGAGUCUUCGGAACACCUCCCUUCUAAUUUCCUUGCCCAGCCUUUGAAUGAAGUUGCCCCAGAUCCAGAGUCUGACAGCACAUCAUUGCAGCCUGCUGAACAGAGGAGACUGAAAAAAGCUAUCCACCUCAAGAAACUAAGCUUUCUAAAAUCACAGAAAUCUGCAGGACAGUCAUCUGAAGUGAAAGCAGAUCAUAGUCUAGCAAAAGGAAUAGCAGAGUCACCCUUAGUUAAUGAAAGGCCUGUAGAGAAAGCUAGUAAUCAAGGGACUGAAGAAAGAGAAAGCGAAGAAAUCAUACAUUCAGAGAAUUUUGACUGUGUUGCUGAAAUUGAAAGGACUGAGGGCACGGUCAUCUUGAAAGACCAGUCACAGACUCUUCAUUUGCAAAGACAGUACACUUGUGAGCUUUGUGGAAAGCCUUUUAAACAUCCAAGCACUUUGGAGCUUCACAAACGGUCUCAUACAGGUGAGAAACCUUUUGAAUGUAACAUUUGUGGGAAACACUUCUCCCAGGCAGGCAAUCUACAAACUCAUUUACGUCGGCAUUCUGGUGAAAAACCCUACAUCUGUGAAAUCUGUGGUAAAAGAUUUGCAGCCUCUGGUGAUGUCCAACGUCACAUUAUUAUUCACUCGGGAGAAAAACCACAUUUGUGUGAUAUCUGUGGUCGAGGGUUUAGUAACUUCAGCAAUUUAAAGGAGCACAAGAAGACUCACACUGCUGAGAAAGUCUUCACCUGUGAUGAAUGUGGGAAAUCUUUUAAUAUGCAACGCAAGCUGGUAAAACACAGAAUUAGGCACACUGGUGAGCGCCCAUAUAGCUGUUCUGCAUGCGGGAAAUGCUUUGGGGAAUCAGGUGAUCUACGUAGGCAUGUCCGAACUCAUACUGGAGAAAAGCCAUAUACAUGUGAAAUUUGUAACAAAUGCUUCUCUCGAUCUGCUGUGCUACGUCGACACAAAAAAAUGCAUUGUAAGACCAGUGCUGAGAGUCCAACAGCACACGAUGAAUUUCUGCAAGCCGAUGAAACAUCUGAUCUUGAAAAGUCUCAGAACUCAGAUUCCUUUUCCCAAGAUAAAUCUGUUGCUUUGUUGCCAGGACCUAUGAAGCUUCCUGUUCGUCCAGUGGGAAAUUCUUCAAUGGAAUUUGAUAGCAGUUCAUCAGGUUCCUACUGCAAGUUAAGAUCCAUGAUCCAACAAAAUGAAGUUUCGGAGCAGGAGAAAUUGAGUCUAGAUGCUGCCAAACUGUCCAAACCUCAGAUGCAGCAAACACCUCAUCAGUCUUAUACUUAUCCAGAGGUGGUUACAUCCACUGCAGAAGAGCCCCUGCAGCCUGAUAGCAUUUCCAUGAUUCGUUCCUCUAUGGCAACCCUUGACAAUCAUUGUAACGAUCCACUGAGCAACCGGCCAUCAUCUGCAUCUUACAGAAGCUCUGAAGGACCUUUUUUUUCUAGCAUGACUCUUUGGGGUUUAGCUAUGAAGACUUUACAGAACGAAAAUGAUUUAGAUCAAUAGCAUACAAUAUUUGUAAUUCUCCUUCAACUUGGAACUUGCAAGACUAGGAUCACAACAAGAUUUUUGAACCACUUUUCACUUUGCUGGUUCCAUUCUAACCACAGUAAGAGAACAUGACCAACUCCCUACCCUUAGGUGUAGAGAAAAGGCAAGUUAGUCAAAUUUGUCUCAAUCAUUAGGAUAAAGCACAGAAUCACAGUCAUAGUAUAUAGUAUCUGGGGGAGACCUAAAAAGUCCUGUAUUCCAUUUUAUAAAUAAGAAAACUGAAAUAUUCUUCCCCCUCCCCUCUCCCCCAAAAGAAAUGAUCUGUCCAAAAUCUCAUAGGUAGGGCAGAAAUGUCAGAUGUGGAAAGGAUUUCAGAGAUUUUAUCCAACCUUCUCAUUUUACAGAGGAAACGAGAGAAGAGAGAGAGAGAGAGAGA